AUGCAUCGCAUACUAUUUUCUAUUGUUAUAGUAGUUUUGCUUUGCUUAAUUAACGUAGAAGCUAAAUCGACAACAGGUAAUCAUAUACUGGUGCUGCUUGACAAAAUCGAUGAAAAAGAUUUAUAUGCUAGUUUUUUUAAAUCUUUAAAAGAUCGACAAUAUGUGCUUUCGUAUAAAAUAACAACAGAUCCUUCAAUCCAAUUAUUUAAAUUUGGAGAAAGAAAUUAUGAUCAUAUUAUCAACUUUUCACCAAAAACAAAAAAUUAUAAUCAGGAAAUUAAACCAGCUUCAUUGAUUGAUUUUCUUAAAAAAGGUGGCAACAUAUUAUUAGCAGCAUCAUCAGAUCUAUCAGAGACAGUUAGAGAUUUUGCACGUGAGUUUUCAAUAGAAUUUGAUCAGAGAGAUACUUCUGUGAUAGAUCACUUUAAUUUCGAUGCUUCUGCCGAUGAUGGAAGGCAUAUACUUAUUGUUGCUGAUGGAUUUACCAAUGUCAAAACAAUUCUUAGCAGAAACGUAAUUGAAGGUCCUCCAGUACUUUUUAGAGGCGUGGGGCACAAAGUUGGAACCAUACCAUUGUUAACCAAGAUAUUAUGGGCUGGUGACACUGCAUACUCAUUUGAGACUAAGAAAGAUCAAGUGGUAGAUGAACAGCCAUUAGUUGUGGGAAACGAAGUUGGACUAGUAACUGCGUUACAAGCAAGAAAUAAUGCAAGAGCUACAUUUGUAGGAAGUUUAGAAUUAUUUAGUGAUCAAUUCUUUAACUCAAAAGUACAAAAAUUUAAUUCUACAGAGGUAUAUCCAAAAUCAGGUAAUGAGGCAUUUGCAAAAGAUUUGACAGAAUGGUCAUUUCAAGAAAAAGGAGUUUUAAAGGUUGUUUCACGAAAUCAUCAUAAAGAAGGCGAAACUGAACAAUUGGACAUUUAUCGAAUUAAAGAUGAUAUUGUUUAUACAAUUGAAAUAUCCGAAUAUGCCAAUGGUAAAUGGCAGGAAUUUAAUGGAAAGGAUGUACAACUAGAACUUAUCAUGUUGGAUCCAUAUAUUCGAACAAACCUUACAUCAUUACCAAUAUCAAUUGGGGAUAAAUCAAGAAAAUAUAUAGCACAUGUGAAAUUACCAGACGUAUACGGAGUCUUCACUCUAAAGGUCAAUUAUAAAAGACCUGGAUAUACUUAUAUAGUAGAUUCUACAACUGUGGCCAUAAGACCUUUUAGACACAAUGAAUAUCCAAGAUUUAUAACAGCAGCUUAUCCAUAUUAUACUGGGGCAGCUUUAACAGAACCACGAGCUCCUGGUGAUGUGUUGGACGAUGCCAGUAAAACUGUACUUUUAACUACUCAACUAUUUAUCUCUACGAUGGCUGGUGGCAGUGCCUUUCUUGUGUUUUGUUUCUUAAGAACAAAGUGGAGCACUAUGUUUGCUCCACGUUUAAGGCUUAACAAACUUGCACCAGAUCCUUUGCCAUCAUCUUUCUUUGGAUGGAUUAAGCCUUUAUAUGAUAUACCUGAAUCAGUUAUUUUAGAGAGAGUGGGAUUAGAUGCUGCUGUGCUUUUGGCAUUUUUCAAAAUGUCUGGUAAACUCUUUAGUUUUUGUAGUUGUGUUGCAUUUUUUGAUGAUGGACCAAUCCAAACUCCAGUAGAUGAAGGAACGGAAACAUUGAUAAAGUUGAUUUCAUUUGUUGUAUUCACUUGGGAAACAAUCACAGCUAGAACAGUUAUGGUAACAGUGAUACCUAAAGAGUUACAAACAGACAAAGCACUAGCUGAAUAUUAUGAUUCAUUAGGUUUUGGUCAAGUUGAAUCUGCUGUUAUAUAUCGAUAUGUGAGGAAAUUAAGGCAUGCAAUUCAAGAAAGAAUGGAUGCAUUGAGAAAGUUGGAGGUGGCAUAUGCUGAAUACUUGAACAAUCCAUGUUCUGAUGUAAAGUAUGAACCCUCAGAAGCACUAAAAGCAUUUGAAGAGGCACAGAAAAAAAACCCAGAAUCUUCUAAUAAAGAAAUUGCUGCCGUUCUUGCUCCUGUUAAUAAGGAACGGCCUACUAUGCGAUCUGGACUUUUUGGAAUAUUUGGCAAAAAAAUAGAUAAAAUUGAAUAUUUGACAAAUGAAUUUAACAAGGCUGAUAUGUUAGUUAGGCAGGGAAGAAGUGGCGCUUAUCACUCUACACCUGUUGGCUUUGUCACUUUUGAAAGCAUAACCAGCGCACAAUUAGCCGCUCAGGUUCUUAUAAAAGCUCAACCUUUUGAAUGUGAAACUGUUAUUGCACCAGAACCUCGUGAUAUAUAUUGGCAUAACCUUACAAUAAGGAAUAGAGAAUAUGCGAUUCGAACUGCAAUGGUCAAUUUCUUAAUAUUUAUAUUGGUAUUCUUCUGGUCUGGACCUAUUGCGUUCUUUGCCACAUUCCUUGAUUUAGAAUUCUUAAGGAAAGUUUUUCCAUGGUUGGCAGAUCUUGCAUCAAAAAAUGAGAUGGUAAAAGGUUUUAUCCAGGGAACACUUCCAACACUUUCAGUCACCGUGUUCAAUAUUGUUUUACCAACAAUUAUGACUUAUCUUUCUCAACUUCAAGGAUUUUAUGCUCGAAGUGUGAUUGAAUUUUCAACAUUUACAAAAUAUUUUAUAUUUUUGUUAUUUAAUGUCUUGCUUGUCUUUUCGUUUGCUGGAACUUUUGUUAAAAAUUUCGAAGAGUUUGUUAAAGAUCCAUUGGGAACAGCAGAUAAAUUAGCAAAAACUUUACCACAAGUAGCACCAUUCUUUAUUAAUUUUGUAAUACUUCAAGGAAUUGGUAUAUUCCCAAUACACUUAUUACAAUUGAAAGAAGUCUCAAUGGUCCUUUUUUAUCGAUUAAUCUCAAAAACACCUAGAGACUAUGCUGAAGCUAAUGCACCACCAUUUUUGGAUUACGGAGAAGAAUUACCACCAAUGGUUUUAAUUUUUGUACUAGUUUUAGUUUAUUCUUCUCUUGCCCCAGUAAUAUUACCUUUUGGUGCUAUUUAUUUCUUCCUUGGUUAUAUUGCAUAUAAAUAUUUGUUAUUAUAUGUGUAUUUCCAUCCAUAUGAAACUGCUGGUCUUGCUUGGCCUAAAAUUUUUCAACAGAUUACAAUUGGACUUUACAUAUAUCAAAUAUUGAUGAUUGGUUAUUUAACACUUCGAGAGUCUUAUUUUCUGGCAGUUGCUCUCUUACCAGUCGUUAUAGCUACUAUGUUUUUUUAUCAGUUUGUUAAUUCAGCAUAUGAUCGUAAUUCUAAAUUCAUUCCAUUGGAAAAAUUGAAAGAGGCAGAAGAACAAUUGCCAGACCAUACUGACAAUGUCACCUUUAAACAAAAGGAUUCCAAAACCAAUCCAACAGCAGUCACCAAUAGUGAAAAUUCUAACCCACAAACCAAUAGUAAUGUUGUCGCUUCUUCAUCGUCAGGUGGUGGUGCAGGCGGUGGUUCUUCUGCUGCAGGAAAAAUUGUAGAAGGUGGAUCUCAAAGAGAUGUGUUGGAAGAUGAUUUGUACCAUGCAGCACCAGACAUGUACACUGAUUAUAGUCAACCGCCAAUGACUUUAUUUGAUGGAGUUCUGAACACUGGGAUGAGAAAUUACGUUGCACCUGAAUUGGUUGGCACUUUACCUUGGCUGUGGCUUCCAGUUAAAAGAGUAAAGGCAGGAUUAUUAAAAGGACCAGGAUGGUUUAGUCGUAUAUUAGGUCGUAAGAAAGAUUCGGAAUUGAUUCAAGAUAAUGAAAUUCAAGCAACUGAGCAUGAGCCAAUAGUCACCGACCCAAUUAAAGCAAUGGAAUCACAUGAUUUGGCAAAUCAAUCAGCAGCUGACUCCAGAAUUCGUGACGAGUUGCUCAGACACUUGCAAGAUCCCGCCAAUCCACAUAAAAUGUAUUACUGUAAAAAAUUCAGAGAUUUGAUCGAUGAUGACGAUGAUAAUGGUGGCAGACAUAAUAGCAUACUGGGUUCUCCAAGUGUUUCUUUAGGACAAAAUUCACUUAUUCAACCAACAAUAUAG